UCCUUCGGACUCCUUGGCGGUCUUUGGGUGGGAGAGCUCUGUCGCCGUCUCUUCGUUUCCUCCGUUUCCGCCGACCUCUUUAAGGACCGAAUAUGCGGGAGUGCAUCUCCAUCCACGUUGGCCAGACUGGUGUUCAGAUCGGCAAUGCCUGCUGGGAGCUCUACUGCCUGGAACAUGGCAUCCAGCCUGAUGGCCAGAUGCCAAGUGACAAGACCAUUGGGGGAGGAGACGACUCCUUCAACACCUUCUUCAGUGAGACGGGCGCUGGCAAGCAUGUGCCCAGGGCAGUGUUUGUAGACCUGGAACCAUGUCCACUUUCUGGAUCUUCUGUUCAUUUUGUUUUCUUUUCACAGGCAGAACAGUGCAAUGAACUUCAGGGGUUUUUGGUUUUCCGAAGCUUUGGAGGAGGCACCGGAUCAGGAUUUACAUCUCUCCUAAUGGAGCAGCUCUCAGCAGAGUAUUGCAGGAAGACUAAGUUGGAGUUCUCUGUGUAUCCUUCUCCUAGAAUCUCCACUGCUGUGGUAGAACCUUACAAUGCCGUCCUCACCACUCAUUCCACCAUAGAGCACUCAGACUGUACCUUCAUGGUAGACAAUGAGGCCCUCUAUAACAUCUGUCAUCGUAAACUUGGCAUUGAAUGUCCUACCUAUGCCAGCAUCAAUAGGCUGACAGCGCAAGUGUUAUCUUGCCUCACUGCAUCCCUCCGCUUUGAAGGGCCCUUGAAUGUGGGCCUAAUUGAAUUCCAGACCAACCUAGUGCCUUAUCCAAGAGUACAUUUUCCCAUCACGACACUGGCCCCCAUCAUCUCCGCUGACAAAGCCUACCAUGAGCACCUCUCAGUGCCUGAUAUCACUGCGGCUUGUUUUGAGUUCUCCAACCAGUUGGUCAGGUGUGAUCCUCGGCUUGGAAAGUACAUGGCUUGCUGUCUACUCUAUAGAGGAGAUGUGGUCCCUAAGGAUGUGAAUGUAGCAAUUGCAUCCAUGAAGUCGAGGACUUCUGUUCAGUUUGUUGAUUGGUGCCCAACUGGUUUCAAGGUGGGCAUCAACCACCAGCCGCCCAUGGUGAUGCCAGGAGGGGAUCUGGCUCCAGUUCAGAGAGCUGUGUGCAUGCUGAGCAACACCACAGCCAUUGCUGAGGCCUGGGCCCGUCUCGACCACAAGUUUGAUCUGAUGUAUGCCAAGCGUGCCUUUGUGCACUGGUAUGUGGGUGAGGGCAUGGAGGAAGGGGAGUUCUCUGAGGCCCGUGAGGACAUGGCUGCCCUGGAGAAGGAUUAUGAGGAGGUUGGUGUGGAUUCUGUUGAAGGAGACGGUGAGGAAGAAGAAUACUAAUCUGUCCUUUUAGCCCUGUAGCACGUCAAACUCCCGGAAUUUCAGCUUCAACAUUAGCCGACAGGCAGAUGUCAGUGUUCGCUGAUUAGUUUAGCUUCCCUGUGAUGUGUCUUAUUUUUUCCUGUGAACCUGAAAGUUUUUUUCCCCUGAUGUGUCAAAAUAAAAGCAUUAUGAAGAA